CAGGGGAACAUCCUGAGGCAAUAUCUCAAAGCAUCAUUCUAAGGAUACACACACCAGGAGGAAAAAUGGCCAAGUAUCUUCCAGUAUUCUGCUCACUUUUGUUCUUCAUCUUGAUACAUUGGGCAUUAUCUUCUGUUUCAGGCCGUCGAAACUGGUGGCCACCACAUGGAACUGUUAAGGUGAAAUGUCCAUAUAAGAAAGUAGACUUGAGUUGGUUCACUGGAACAGCGAACCCCUGCCCUGAUUUAUAUCAACCCAUCUGUGGCACUAAUUUUGUAACCUAUGAAAACCCCUGCAUCUUCUGUAUUGAGAGCAUGAAGUCUCAUGGGAAAAUUAGGUUUCAAAAUGAUGGAAAAUGCUGAGUGGACUUGGAUGCCAGAGAAUAUUUUUUUCUUUCCAUCAUGACAAUCCUUCUCUUGCAAUUCAUCCCUCCUAACAUGUGAUAGUGACAGAGACCUGCCCCUGCUGAGCUUGUAUCAGAUAACUGAAGG